AUGCUCGCUGCAAUUCGGAAUUGCCCAAGGGACAAGAUCGUGAACCUCUGCCAAUUCGACGUUGGGGUAAAUAAUUGGACUGCUGAGGGGGUGGUGAGCGCUAGAGGAAGUGAAGACAGUGGUACCGAGCCUAGCCCUUCGGUGUACCAGAGGCAGCAGUCCCUGACACCGCCCAGCCCCGCGCAAGGCCACAGAUCGGUCUACACCGACGAGGACGAAGACAGUACGUCUUCGAGCAGAGCCCAAUACGUCUCCGCGAACUGCGUGGUGUUCACGCACUACACGGGAGACGUGGCCGCCGUCGUGGAUGAACACUUCACGAGGGCACUCAGCACCGACACCAAACCACCCCAGGCUUCCAAAGACUGGUCGCCGAUGACGUCACGCAACUUCCCCCCCUCGUUUUGGAACAGUAACAGCUCCAGCUCGAGCAGCACGAGCGGCCUGGAGGGCGGCUACCACGGGGCAGAGCCUGCCAUGUACCACUGCCCCACCUCCAGCGAGCCCUGGCACUCCCACUAUCAGCAGUACCACCACCACAGGGCAGUGCACGAGUACCACCAGGCGAACAUGCAGUACGGUACAGGACUGCUGCUGCCCGCCCACCAAUACAAGGAGGCCGCCGCCUGGCACCCCCAGCACAGGCUUCACGACCCCACGGCCCACCAUCUUGACCCCGCCGCCUACUAUCCCACCAUAUCAGGUAUCUAGUUUAUCUAUUUCAUAUAUAUAUCUUCAAUAAUAC